AUGGCUUCCACAAAAAACGGACAAGAAGACCAGAACCAAGCCGGAAGGCACCAAGAAGUCGGCCACAAGAGCCUCUUGCAAAGCGAUGCUCUGUAUCAGUACAUUCUGGAGACGAGCGUUUAUCCAAGGGAGCCUGAAUCGAUGAAGGAAUUAAGAGAAUUAACAGCCAAACAUCCAUGGAACAUAAUGACGACAUCAGCGGAUGAAGGACAGUUCUUAAACAUGUUAUUGAAGUUAAUUAAUGCGAAGAAAACGAUGGAGAUUGGAGUUUAUACUGGCUACUCGCUUCUCGCUACAGCCCUAGCUCUUCCUGAAGAUGGAACGAUUCUGGCUAUGGAUAUUAACAGAGAAAAUUAUGAGUUGGGUUUGCCGGUGAUUGAGAAAGCCGGUGUUGCUCAUAAGAUUGAAUUCAAAGAAGGCCCUGCUCUUCCUGUUCUUGAUGAGAUGGUCGCCGAUGAAAAGAAUCAUGGAAGCUAUGACUUCAUAUUCGUGGAUGCUGAUAAAGAUAACUACAUAAAUUACCACAAAAGAUUGAUCGAUCUGGUCAAAGUUGGGGGAGUGAUCGGGUACGACAACACUCUAUGGAAUGGGUCGGUGGUUGCUCCACCCGAUGCACCCAUGCGCAAGUAUGUUAGGUAUUACAGGGACUUUGUAUUGGAACUCAACAAGGCUCUCGCUAUCGACCCUAGAAUUGAGAUUUGUAUGCUCCCUGUUGGUGACGGAAUCACUCUCUGUCGUCGUAUCAAAUGAACACCCUAACAUUUCAUGCACUUCCACCUACACGUUUACUCAUACUCUUCUUCAUUGUUGUUAUUGAAGGGUCUUGCUUGAAUUUGCCCUUUCUUUUCUUACCAUUUGAUCUCUUCUUUUUAAUAUCAAUUUUCUCUUUGGGAGUUUUCUAUGUAAUUCAAA